GUAUACAAUAACGUAACGCCGAUGAAUGUGCCAAAAACAAACAAAAGUAGACUAACACUGAUCUAGAAAUUUUUCAUAAAAAAUUUGCAUUGCAAGAAUUAACUGCGAAUGAAUAAGUUUUUGUAGAAAUAUCACGAAUUUUCUUGACUAUGAUUCAUUUAACUGGUCAUAAUUAUAACGCUCGUGAAAUUAUACAAAAUAUAUUUUCGCCGUUGGUAGGCGUAAUUACCAGCUUUCAUGCCGAUGAAGUGUGCCAUCGAAAUAAUCUGUCUUUCGUUGAACUGUUGCAGCCUUUUGCUCGUUUGCAAAAUGAUGCGCAAUUUCGCGAUGUUCUAGCGACAAGCGUGUCAAUAAGAGGUUUGCGUUUAAACUUUUGUGACGUAGACUGGCGUCCACCACAAACAGUGCUGGCACGUAAAAUGCUUAAUGAAUCUGUCACUAAUGCUCAUAGCAGUAAAACUAAAGUAUUAAAUAUAAAUGGUGUGAAUUUGGAAUUGCCAGAUGGUGUUCCAUGGUUUGAACAUUGGCGUGAAACUUUUCUGGCCGUGCAAUUUCCUGCAGACCAUGAAUUUACCCGGCAUUUAUUGAGUUGUUUGAUUGUAUUGUCUAGUGGAGAUCCUAACGUAGUAGAAACGGCCCAAAAGUUGACACAACGCGUACAUCAAAUGCAAAGCGUUACACCUCAAAAGUUGCCCAAAUGGUUUCAGCCAAACGAUGUGCUUAACAGUUAUGUCAUUUUGCAUGAAGGCAGCCAAGGUGACUUGUCGAGAGCUCAGCAAAGUUAUGAAUUACUUAAAUCCACAUUUAUUGAUUCGAAAUGCUUUCUGAUACAAGUGAAUUCACUGGAUGGGACGAUUACCAGUGAAAUACCCGACUAUUGGACUGCCUUCAUUAAAAGACAACCUAAAGUUAGUGACAAUGCAGUGACUGGUAAUACAAGCACAGAUCAAUUAAGUGGAAAUAAAACACCACAAGAUAUUAGUGGCGUGUCUUCGCUGGCUAUGCCUAAUAUGCAUAUGAGUGUGUUAGGUGAACCCUCAACAGCUCACGAAGCAAAUGAAGUUGCCAUUUUACAUCCUCUAAGUCCGGUGCAAGAGCAUGCCACUGAAGCUAUAAAUUCCAGGUUUUCAAUAAGCUGUGAAAGCAUAGCUUCACAAAACAUUAAUCCAAAUGUUUGGUCAGGCGAUACGGAGGCUGAAGCUCAUUAUGGUCAAUGCUUGAAUGCUAUGGACGUGGAAAAUUUAAGGCAUUUUGUACAAGAUUACGCAGUACGCGCUCUAAUACCGUAUGUGGAACAAUUGGUGGCAACUUUAAAUGAAGCCGUAACCAAUAAGAAAGGGGUAAGCAAAUCAUUAUUGAGUGCCACUAAACGUUGGUUUGUUACUAGCAAACCGGGGGCCAGUGCUAGUAAUCAAAAUGCUGUCAUCUACACCCACGAAUCGGCAGAAUUACAGACGCGCAGACUGGGAGAUUUAUAUUUUAUGUUUUGUCACUAUAACAUGGCCUUUCAGGCCUAUCAUCAGGCUAAACGAGACUUCAAUGCCGAUUCUGCCUGGCAAUAUUAUGCAGGUGCAUUGGAGAUGGCCGCCCUUUCCGCAUUUAUGCUGGGAACAGCAAAUCGCAAAACCUAUGAUUACAUGGAAGACGCAAUUGCGUGCUAUUUGAAUGUGUGCAAAUUGCAACAAUUUGCAACACGUGCCACAUUAUUAAGCAUCGAGUGCUUAAAAACGGCCCGUUUAUAUGGUGAAGCGGCUAAACAAUUGAUUCGUAUGACUAGUGAAGAGUCCGACUUACGUUCCGCGUUACUGCUAGAACAGGCUGCGUAUUGUUUUUUGGUCUCCACACCAGUCAUGCAUCGUAAAUAUGCAUUUCAAAUUGUUUUGUCGGGAAAUCGUUAUUCACGAGCCGGCCAGCGCAAACAUGCUUAUCGGUGCUAUAAUCAAGCAUAUCAAGUAUUUCAGCAGCGUGGUUGGAGUUUAGCCGAAGAUCACAUACAGUUUACAAUGGCUAAACAAGCCUAUAUGUUGAAGAAACUUGAUGAGGCAAGCUGUUCAUUUGCUCAUCUCUUAAGGCCUGGUAGCUUACAAGGAGCUCAACAGCAGUUAUCAUUUCUAAAAGAAUAUAUACAAACGCAAAACGAAUAUACAAAGCGUCAUCCAGAAAUGGGUUUAUUAACUCUCGCCUUACCGCAAGUUUUACAAGAUUCAAUUCGCGUUCUUACUUUAGCGCCACCGGCACCAACUACAAACCAUGUUCCAGCUUCGAAUAUAGAUAUAAAUAGCGAUUUAAAGGAUGAGUUUAUUUGGCAUAAAAUUGAGGAAAUGUUGGUUGCAGCCACAGCCAAGAAUCGUCCUUUGAUUUUUAAACCCUUGCGAAGCUUAUUUUGCAAAGAGAAUCCUACCACAGACAAUCCUAUAGCCGUGCAGGGCGAACCACUUAUUAUUUCUGUUACCAUAAUAAAUACUAUACGCUGUGGCCUUGUGCUUAACAAUGUGGACUUGUUAUGGUCUCUUAAAUUGGACAAUGGCGAUGAAUUAAGUAAUAUGUGUUUAUACGAAGGCGGUUUCGAUAAUUCUAAUAAAUCCGCUGUUAAGGCAGCUAUUAAAACCUUUACAUCUCAAUCCUUAACAUUGGAAGAAAGGGCUCAAGAAAUUUUACAUUUUAAAUUAACACCAAAACUGACCGGAUUACUUAUGGUAGUAGGUAUUGUCGCUCAAAUAUCUUCCAUAGUAGACCCGAAUAUUGCGCUCAAAGGUUCCUUGAUUUUUGAGAAGCACACAUUUCGUUCGGCUGGUAAACAAGCACAAAACUCACUUAAUGAUCAAAAGUUAAAUAUACGCAUUAUACCGCCAGUGCCAGUGUUAAGUGUGUGCUUUUCAUCUGUACCCGCUGAUUUGAUAGUCGGCGAAAUAAUACCCAUUACUAUAACAUUAAGAAAUGAGGGUGCUAAACCUGUAGAAGAUAUAUAUCUAAGUUGUGAUAAUCCACGCUGGUUAACAUUACAGGAUAAAGAGACCCAUAUACCGCUGUCUAUUUUAAAUUCUAUCAAAAAUUUGUCUAAUGAACAACUGGUUAAAGAUAAAGAGAUUCGUCGCCAGCAUGUUUGUCGUUUGCUUAAGCCAAAAUCAUCCGAACAUUUAACGCUCGAAGCUCAAGAGACAGUCUCCAUAACGGCUUGGUUGCAGGCUCCUUACGAUAAAGGAGAGUUUACUUUGCGUUUAAUGUUCUAUUAUGCUUUACCAGCAAAUCCGGCAUCUGUGUUAAAAUAUCGUUUAAUUCGUCAUCACUGGCAAUUUCAAAUACAUGAAUGUCUCUGCUCUGAAGUUAGUUGUGUUGUUAGCAACUGUCAAACCGGUGAGCUUGGUUUGAAUAUUAACGUACGUAAUAAUAAUAAAACUCCACCACAACAUCCCUUACUAAGCGAAUUAUAUAUAAACUCAUUGGCUUUACUCUCGGAGCAAUUUCAACUUAACAAGGAAAAAUUCUAUGUAACAAACCAAAUGGAGAUUUCCGCUGGCUUACUGGGAGAUCGCUCUUUAAAAUCCUCCAAGUCAGCAAGUUUUCAAUGUCGACUGCAACCUUCGCCUCACGAGAAAAACAAGGCCAUUUCUUCCUUUCAGAAUUUAUUAGCAGAACGACUUUCGUAUCGCGAAGUCAUGCCAGCAAAUGCCGUUCCCAAUGAAUAUCCCACCAUGCCACAAUUAUCGGCCGUUUACAGCUUUUUAACUAAUCAUGAAACCACUUACUUUAAUUUCAAUAUCACUACGGAGGAAUUCAAUAAAAUUUUAGCGAACUAUGAACCACACAGUACUCUGGCUGUUUGCUGGGCCGCCGCCGUCGUCCAAAAUGGUUUACAACGCUUGGCGCAGGGUCAACAUUUUGUACAACUGAAAUACCUUUAUGAAAAGAAUUCGUGCCCAUUAACAGAUUCAAAACAAUUUAGUUUGUUGGAUAAAGAUAGUUUGUCGGAAAAGAAAAUAGCGAUCGAUGAAUUUGCUAACAAAAAAUUCUUAGAAAUUAAUGAUCUAUGUAGCCAGUUAUUCGAAAAGUCAGAAAUACAAACUGACUUUAAUGAAGAUACAGAGGAUCAGUGGGAAGUCAACGAUAAUUACAUUGGACAACGUUGUCUUCUGGAAGACGAUACAUUUCUAUUAAGUGCUAAGGCUUAA